CGUCUCGCGGCCGGUCGGCUCGGUUUCCAGGCUUCAGAAACGUUAAAUAACGGAUUUAAUGGCGGAUCCCUUCCCUCCCUCCGCAGCAGCAGGGGGCGGUAUGGGCGGGAACAGCCGUCCGUGUUGGUUUGUAAACACACAGAAUAAGAAGCGGUUAAUCUGAACUGUCUCGGCGGCUCUCUAGUCUGGACUGAACCGGGACCGGUGUGCUGGGAUAUGGACGUGAAUGAGUCCCUGGGGAAGCAGCAGGCGGACCGGUGACGGUGCCGGGAAGCUGGACGUGCUGUGGUCCGUGUCCUACCCGCUGCUGGCCGGGUUGUCCCUGCUCGUCCUCCCGCUGCUGUUCUGCUGGCUGCGGAGCCGCAACACGGCCGCUGUCAGAGCCGAGCGCCGAGCCACGGAGAACCGGGAGCGGGACGGCGGCACCGGGAGCCCGGAGCGAGGCGACCGGGUCCGGAGCCACCACGGCCGGGCCUUCGAGUUCAUCUCUGCGGCGCUGAGGAUCGAUGAGGAUGAGCAAGGUGACAAGCAGCAGGCGGUGGGCUGGUACCAGCGAGGGAUCACAGAGCUGGAGAAAGGUCUCGCCAUCCACAUCUCAGGACACGGAGAGAAGUCGGAGCGCGACCGGCGGCUGCAGAGCAAGAUGACAACCAACCUGAUCAUGACCAAAGACCGACUCAAGUCUCUGGUGGAGGGUCUCUCCGUCUCCGGGGCUCAGACGGACCUUUACAGCGCCACCUCUAGCCCCGCCCACCGCCAGCCUCCGCUGCGUUCAGGUCCCUCCGGCCGGCCCGGCGCCGUCUCCAGAAAGAGAGACUCCGCUAACGCAGCACCGACCGGCCGCCCAAAGCCUUCCUCCUCCUCCUCCUCCUCGCUGGGUCUCCCUCGCUCCACGCCGCUCGGCCCUCAGCGCCCCCCCGCCGCCCACGGUAACCGCAACAGCAAGGGGAGAACGAGUCGCUGCAGCGCUGCCGUCCGCUCCCCCCCGCCGCCACUGGAGAAGAAAGACGUGAAGAAGAACCUGAAGAACGGAAAUACCCAAUCUCAUCCCGGAACCAUAUUCACGUUUGCAGACGUUGCUGGGCAGGACUUGGCGAAGCAGGCGCUGCAGGAGAUAGUCAUCCUGCCGGCGCUGAGGCCCGAGCUGUUCACAGGACUGCGGACUCCAGCCAGAGGACUUCUUCUCUUCGGUCCUCCCGGCAACGGAAAGACCAUGCUGGCUAAAGCUGUGGCAGCCGAGUCCAACGCCACCUUCUUCAACAUCAGCGCCGCCAGCUUAACCUCCAAAUACGUAAGAACCGUCUCAGGGGUCAGCAAUCAGGGUUAA